AUGGCAGCCGUCCAAGCAACGCAGCAGGCUCUUCAGCCCAACAACCAACCCAAAGGCACCCUCAAGAUUGAAAACACCGACAAACGUGACACCCUGAUCUCUUCAGAGAAACAGUACCAGCGCGCUUGGGCCGAUGCGAAGAUCUUCGAGCAGAAUGCGCCGAGUCUGCAGGAUGUCCCCUUCCACUCUAUCGCACCGAGAGAGCUUCACGAGAAGUAUCCGAAAUACAUGGCUACUAUGGCGUAUCCCUACAUGAACGGCACCCUCCACGCUGGUCACUCGUUCACCGUGUCGAAGGUUGAGUUCGCGAUUGGGUGGGCGAGGAUGCGAGGGAAGAGGGCGCUGUAUCCGCAAGGCUACCACUGUACCGGCAUGCCUAUCAAAGCUUGCGCGGACAAGCUGGUGCGAGAGAUUGAGAUGUUCGGUCAGAACUUCGAGCGGUGUGAGCUCAAUCGGGUUACAGAUCAGGCAGACGAUGAUAGUCACGACAAGGAGAACGGUGUACCCAAUGGCGCGCCUCCUGCUCCUGUACCAGCGCCUACUCAGGAGACGACAAAGGAGGACGUGACAAAGUUCACUGCAAAGAAGAGCAAAGCUGCUGCGAAGACUAAUGUGGCGCUCAAGUAUCAGUUCCAGAUCAUGCUCGCAAUAGGCAUACCUAUCGAAGAGAUUCACAAGUUCGCGGAUCCGCAGCAUUGGCUCAAAUUCUUCCCGCCGCUCUGCCAACGAGAUCUGACAAAUCUCGGCUGCAGGAUAGACUGGAGGCGAAGCAUGGUGACUACAGAUGCCAAUCCCUACUACGAUGCUUUCGUGCGCUGGCAGAUGGUGCGCCUAAAGGAAAUGGGCAAGAUCCGGUUUGGAAAGCGGUACACUGUCUACUCACCAAAAGACGGCCAAGCGUGUAUGGACCACGAUCGGAGUACAGGCGAAGGUGUUGGCGUGCAGGAGUACACGGCGCUGAAACUGCGGGUAAAGGAGUGGGCGGAGGCAGCUCGGAGUAAGGUGCAUGGCAAGGUUCCAGAAGGCGGCAACGUCUACUUCGUGCCUGCGACGUUGAGACCGGAAACGAUGUACGGGCAGACGCAUUGUUUCGUUGGACCUGGCAUUACUUACGGCAUCUACGAGAUGGAGAAGGGCAAGGAGUACUACUUCAUUUCUGAGCGAGCGGCGAGGAACAUGGCUUUCCAAAACAUCUUUCCGAAAUGGGGCGAGUUUCCGAAGGUUGCGGAGUUGCAAGGCGCAGAUGUUAUCGGCACGCUCGUGCAAGCACCCCUAUCCGUCCACAAGGAUGGCAUCCGUAUCUUGCCCAUGGAGUCCGUCAAGGCGUCGAAAGGUACCGGCGUGGUCACCUCGGUCCCCUCGGACUCGCCGGACGAUUACGCAACAAUGAUGGACCUGAUCAAGAAGGCUGAUUAUUACAAGAUCAAGAAGGAGUGGGCGGAUCUUGAGAUUCUACCGAUCAUCGAAACGCCUUCGUACGGCAACCUGACGGCGAAGUACCUGGUCGAGACGAUGAAGAUAAACUCGCCCAAGGACGCUAAACAGCUUGCCGAGGCGAAGGAUCUGGCAUACAAAGAAGGCUUCUACCAGGGCAAGAUGAUUUUUGGCGAAUUUGCGGGCAAGUCAGUCGAGGAAGCCAAGCCGCUCGUUCGGCAGCAGCUGAUCGACAAUGGCGAGGCCUUUGCAUACGCGGAGCCCGAAGGUCUGGUCGUCUCAAGAUCCGGAGACGAGUGCGUUGCCGGUCAUCUCGAUCAGUGGUUCAUGAACUACGGCACGCCUGAGCGCAGUGGCGACUCGAGCUGGCAGCCCGCCGUCCUCGAGCACGUUAAAAACGAAGACGGCGAGCACCUCAACACUUUCUCCACAGAAGUCAAGAACAACUUCAUGAACGUGCUGGACUGGCUAGCACAAUGGGCAUGCGCACGGUCCUAUGGUCUAGGGACUAAGUUGCCUUGGGAUAAGUCGCAGCUUGUUGAAUCGCUUUCUGACUCCACGAUCUACAUGGCAUACUACACAAUCGCGCACCUUCUGCACAAAGACAUCUUUGGCAAGGAGCGCGGCGAUGCCAACAUUGGUGCUGAAGAGAUGACGGAUGAGGUUUGGGACUACCUCUUCUGCCGCACCGACAGCAUACCUUCAAGUACGAGCAUCAAGAAAGACACCCUGGAGCGCAUGAGGCGGGAGUUCGAGUACUGGUACCCGCUCGAUGUGCGAAUAUCGGGGAAAGACUUGAUCCAAAACCAUCUCACCUUCUUUUUGUACGUACAUGUUGCUCUGUUUAAGCCGGAAUAUUGGCCACGCGCCAUUCGGUGUAACGGACACCUUAUGCUCAACGGCGAGAAGAUGUCGAAAUCUACUGGCAACUUCCUCACCCUAUCGGAUGCGACAAACAAGUUUGGCGCGGAUGCGACGAGGAUAGCGAUGGCGGACGCCGGCGAUGGUAUCGAGGAUGCAAACUUCGAGGAGACCGUCGCCAACGCCACGAUUCUACGCAUGUUCGAGCUGAGGCAAUGGUGCGAGUCCGUCAUCCAAGACGCACGCUUGCUCAAGGGCGACGAAUCUUAUACUCACGUCAAGGAGAAUGAAAGGCACAAGAACAAUGAUGCCAUCCAACGCACAGGCGCCAAGGUGUUCUGGGACGACGUCUUCGAAAACGAGCUUAACGGGCUCGUGAGAACAACGGAGGACGAGUAUGAGGCGACAAACUAUAAGGCGGCCAUCAAGAGCGGACUCUACGACUUCAUUGGCGCCAGGGAUUUCUAUCGAGAGGCUACGAAGGCCGCCGGUGUCGGCAUGCACCAUGACUGCGUGAAGCGAUACGUAGAACUCCAAGCUCUAAUGGUCACCGUCGUGGCGCCACACUGGGCAGAGUACAUCUGGCUAGAGGUGCUGAAGCAGCCGGAAACCGUCCAGAAUGCGCAGUGGCCAUCAGUUCCGGAAACCAAAGCGAGCCUCAACACUGCGCGGGAGUACGUUCGCAACACGUCCUCGAACAUCACGUCGGCGGAAGGUGCGCAGCUCAAGAAGAUCGCCAAAGGCAAGCAAGCUAGCUACGACCCGAAGCAAGGCAAGAAGUUGAGCAUCUACGCGGCGCUGAAGUACCCAGCAUGGCAAGACUCCAUCAUUGACACUGUCCGUCAACAUUUCGAAGACAUGAAGCUCGACAUCGGCGCUGUUAGCAAAGCGAUACCCAAAGCGGAGUCUAAGCGCGCCAUGCCUUUCGUGCAACAGCUCAAGAAGUCCCUCGAGAGCGGCGUGAAACCUGAGACGGUGUUUGAGCGUAAGCUCGGGUUUGACGAGAUCGAGGUGUUGAAGGAGAUGGUGCCGGGGUUGAAGCAGACGGUGCAAAAGUGCGAGACGGUCGAGGUGGUGGUUGUGGAGGACGGUGGGAAGAGCGGGAAGGUAGUGGCGGGGAGUGAGAGUGUCAGGACCGGAGAGGAGAGAAAGGACUUGCCGCCAGUGGCGGAGAAUGCCGUACCAGGGCAGCCCACUUUCUUCUUCGAGAAUGUGUGA